UUAAGUUUGAACGUUAUAAAAGCACGUUAUGCAAGUACAAAGAAACAUUAAACACAAGAUUCGUGCUAUCGCCCUCCAUGAUUAACGGCGUUGUCUUCUCGUGCCUUGUCGCAGUCCUCCUGGUCGGCAAGUGCUGGGGCCAAUGUCCCUUUGGAUCCCCUCUACCGAAUUUCUACUGCGGACGCGGCGGGGAGAGGUGCCCUGACUCUUACUACUGCGAGAUCGCCCCAGAUGACAGAUAUGCCGUCUGCUGUCUCCAUAAACUGAUCAAGAAAACCUCUUUCCAGUCAUCCAACGACCUCCCACUGAUGGAAAAUAACGGCACGCUCGUCUACUGCGGGGAAGAUGCAGUCUCGUGCCCCUCUUCGUACGUGCUGUAGCGCCGAGUGAUGCAACAUAUUAUGUUUUGACAAAAACCUUUGCAUGGUACAAAUAUUGUUGAAAAUAAUACCAACUUUCUUUUAUUUUGUCCAUUAUUUCAAUGCACCUUAACACACGCUAAGCAAAUACUUAAUGGAAAUAAGUGAAAAUAAUUUUUCUCUCUUUUGUGUUAUCCUUGGUAUUGUGUGUGCAUUCCAUGGCUUACUAUGUAUAUUGCUGUUAUAAUAUAUUUUAUGUUGUCUGCAUUAUGUAGUAACUAUGUAAUGUUCAUAUUUUUACCAAAUGAAAUAAAUAAAUAAAUAAAUAAA